GCCCUAAAUUCAUUUUUCGUUUUUCUUUCUGUAGCUCUGAGGUGACAAUGAACAUUUAGGGCUUUUCUUGUAAACUCUAUAACUUUGCAAAGAAAGGUCGUGUAGAGCUGGGAGAUGCCUUUAAUCAGAAAUUUAUGGACUACAAUUACGCCUCAUUAAGAAAGCUUUUGGUUGUUCUUUAGAGUUUCUCGAAAACUGGUUUUCCAGAAGACCGGUCUUUGAAGGCCUAGUAGCAGCAUUCAUGGUGAUAUUCGGAAUCAGCAUCGUCGACUACCUAUAGUCCACUCGGUUUCGUUGAAAAAGCGAUUUAUCAGUUGAGGUACUUCCCUCGUGAGCCAGUUUUUGAAUGACUAUCCAAAAAGUGAAAAAACGUAACGAAUAUUAGAUUCGAGGUCGUCCAUAUCACGUUCAUAAGCAAACAAAAUCAUAUGAAACAUGCGUAAGAUGAGUAGAACGAAUAGUUAGAACUUUAAAGAAACUUUGAAUCCAUCUCUAUCUGAAGACGGUUCUUGGUAAAUCUUGAGAAUCUCCCACGUAAGAAAACAAAGAUUUUUACUUUUUCAUCUCUGUCAGCAUGUAAGCCAAGUAUAAUUGAGUAUUUUCUGAACAUGACACGCCGUUUGGUUGUAUUUUGAGAAACCUUAAACAAAAACUGAUUGCAUCUGGAUAUGCUUGUAGAUGAAAACCCGGGUUGGCGACAUGAUGUACACACACAGGACUAUCUUUUUGCAUCGACCAUGUUUAAUUAAAAAUUGAAAACAAAACGUUGGAUGUAGUUGUUUUCCAAAAAUUUGUUGAAAAUGCCACUUUUUACAAGCUUUUACACUUAUCUUUUUACUGAGAGAGGCUUCUAAUUCUUGCAUACAAAAUCACAGCUCCUCAGCUUUCCUGAAUGACAACGAACAUUGACAUUAUUUUUUCGCCACUAGUCGAUGAGUACUGAUCGAACAUUCGGAAUAAACGGUGUAGAAUAGUCUUUAGCAAGAUAAAUUAUCUAUAACAUCUAUGUUAUGAAAGUAUAUUAAUCAUCUAGCUUCGGUCGUUUUUUGUUUUACAUUUUAGAAACUGAAGAAAAUCGCUCGCGCUCAUUACAAGUAUUUGGUUCAGGUUAUUCUUCUGUAGCAACUGAUGGUUUACUUGGAAUAAGUGCUGAACCGCUCACACAACUUGAACAACAGACUCAGCCAGCUGAUAUUCAGCCAUCAAUUGUUUCAUCACAAUUAGAGUAUACAACAAAAAUGUUGCAAAAUUUUUUUAAUUAUAUUAUAUCGUUUGCACAAACUAUACCGAAUACAAAUGAACAAAUUGUACCGCUUAAUCAAGUACAAACAUGGUAUACAAAUUUUCAACGAAAACUACAAGAAAAUCCUAAUUUUUGGAAAUCAUCUGCAUGA